AUGCUAGAGGAGUUGAAUGUCAAGCUAUCUCUCAUGGACGCAGUUCAGACGAUUGCCUCAAUGCACAGUCAUGUGAAAGGGCUGAUCUCUGGGAAGAGCACUGCAGACAGCGAUAUCAUGAUGGUCUCAAAAGAAUACAGCGCAGUCCUUCAAAACAGAACAGUUAGGAAAUUGAAAGAUCCUGGAAAAUUUGUCUUCUCGGUUCAGAUUGGAAAAACAGCUUUUGCAUCCUACUUUAGGAUCUCGUUGGUGUUCGCGGAUAGAUCAGUCAAGCUGCCAGUAGGUUUUCUCGAAGACCUGCAAGUGCAAAUUGGCAACACCACUGUUCUGGCGGAUUUCAUGGUUCUGGAGCUCGAAGAUGAACCGAAAGACCCUCUCAUUCUGGGCCGACCUUUCCUAUGCACAGCUGCUUCAAUCAUUGAUGUCCGCAAUGGGAGGAUCGAUCUCCAACUGGGAGAUAUUAACUUCAAGAUUAAUGACGAGAAAGCCGCCUUGACCCCUCAACAAGGGAUGAUCGAAGAAAUCCUCGCAGAUGAUUCUUUGGAAGUAGCUUUGAUACGAGUAGAGUCUGAGCAAAACACGUGCAACGUCGAUGCUGACGGGUACGAAAAGAUGCUAGACUCAAGUGGAAGAAUUAAAAAGACUGUCGCUUUUCUAAGUCUGGGGGAAACGAGCAAUCAGAUUUCACCAGAAGGAGCAACUGCUCUUAGAAAGCAGACCAAACCGACCAGCCUACUCGAUGAUUCCUGGAGCGAACUCAAGGCUCCAAAGAUCGAAUUAAAGUCCUUUCCAGCGGGACUCAGGUAUGCAUUUCUUGGACCUAAUUCCACAUAUCCUGUCAUUGUGAACUCUGAACUCAAUAAUGUUGAAACUGCUAAACUUUUAUGUGAAUUGAGAAAAUGCCGAAAGAUUCUCAUUCACCCAGACGAUCAGGAGAAGACGACUUUCACGUGUCCCUACGGCACUUUUGCCUACAGGAGAAUGCCGUUUGGAUUGUGCAACGCUCCUGCGACAUUCCAGCGUUGCAUGAUGUCUAUUUUCACUGACCUAAUUGAGGACAUAAUGGAAGUUUUCAUGGAUGACUUUAGCGUCUAUGGGGACUCCUUUUUUGUAUGUUUGUCAAACUUGUGCAGGGUCCUUCAGCGGUGUGAAGAAAAGCAUCUCGUGUUGAAUUGGGAGAAGUGUCACUUCAUGGUGCGUGACGGGAUUGUUCUCGGUCACAAAAUCUCAGAGAAAGUGAUCGAAGUGGACAAAGCAAAGAUAGAAGUGAUGAUGACUUUACAGCCUCCAAACUCUGUCAAAGGAAUCAUGAGUUUCCUCGGACAUGUUGGUUUCUACAGAAGGUUCAUCAAGGACUUCUCCAAAAUCGCAAGACCACUCACUAGACUGCUCUGCAAGGAAACAAAAUUUGAGUUCGAUAGUGAUUGUUUGGACGCCUUCCACACGAUCAAAGGAGCUCUAGUUAGUGCACCCAUUGUGCAACCACCAUAUUGGGAACAUCCUUUCGAGAUCAUGACUGACGCAAGCGACUUUGCGGUUGGAGCAGUGCUCGGCCAACGAAAAGAUAAGAAGCUUCACGUGAUCUAUUAUGCAAGCAGAACACUAGAUGAAGCUCAAUGUCGCUAUGCAACUACAGAGAAAGAACUUCUGGCGAUUGUCUUUGCCUUCGAAAAAUUCAGAUCCUACCUCGUUGGCUCCAAGGUGAUAGUGCACACGGACCAUGCAGCGUUGAGAUACUUGCUCACAAAGAAAGAUGCGAAACCAAGGCUGCUACGAUGGAUCUUAUUGCUCCAAGAAUUUGACCUAGAAAUCAAGGACAAAAAGGGCAUUGAGAAUGGCGUUGCAGAUCACCUAUCCAGAAUGAAGAUAGAUGAAGACACAGCACUUGAUGACAGCCUUCCAGUCGAGCAUGUCUACUCGAUCAGUCUGGGAAGCGUUACAGAACAACCGCUCCUUCCAGUUCGCUCCAGCAUUCUGGAACACCUUGUCUGUGCAAUCAAAAAGCAACAUCCCAAUCUUCCAUGGUUUGCUGAGAUCGCCAACUAUCUGGAAACUGAGAAAGAACCUGUCAAAUUCACUGGCAAUGAUAAAUGGAAAUUUCUAAGAGGAGCAAGACACUACUAUUGGGAUGAACCCUAUAUGUACCAAAGUUGCAAGGAUGGAGUAUUCCGACGAUGUGUUUCUGAGUCCGAGAUUCCAGGAAUCCUCUACCACUGUCAUGGUUCCUCUUAUGCAUGGCAUUUUGCGACAUUUAAAACUGUGUCUAAGAUCCUUCAGGCCGGUUUUUGGUGGCCAACAAUGUUCCAAGAUGCCCAUUCCUACAUCUCUAGAUGCGACUCAUACCAGUGCCAAGGGAAUAUCAGUAAACGGAAUGAGAUGCCUCAGAACUUCAUCUUGGAAGUUGAAGUAUUCGAUUGUUGGGGGAUUGAUUUCAUGGGACCAUUCCCACCAUCCUUCAAGAACGAAUACAUAUUGGUAGCAGUUGAUUACGUUUCUAAGUGGGUGGAAGCAAUAGCCAGUCUAUUGAAGAAGAACGGCGUGCAACACAAGGUAGGUACGCCAUAUCACCCUCAAACUAGUGGACAUGUGGAAGUUUCAAACAGAGAGAUCAAGAGCAUUCUGCAGAAAACAGUCAACACCAGUCGCAAGGAUUGGAUAAAAAUCAAAAAUCCUGAGUUGCUCAACAAGGAACAGUCUCCGAUUUUUCGGAGUAGCUGCUCCGCUAAGGACUCUUCCAUCAACGAUCGAACGAUGGCUCCUAGACGUACCAAGAUGGCUUCCAGGAUUAAACCACCGUACGCUCGAAGAGAACCGGAGGAUGACACCGUCUCCCCGACCCACCCAUGGCCACGAGAAAAGGGAACGGAGAUCUCCCUCGCUUGA